AUGUCGUCGUGGCUGCACUCCUCCGACCAGCGGCGGUCCUGGAAGCGCAGCUGGGCGGCGCGCGCCCUGUCGUCGUGCUCGCUGCCGCCGCCCGGCCUGCUGGCCUUCUUCGCCAUCGUCGUCUUCUUCCUCGCCAUCUCCGGGUACGUGGACUACAAGGCCAUCGAGCGCCGCGCCGAGAUCGGCGCCCGCGUCUUCGCCGCGCCGCUCGCCCUCGCCGCCGCCUUCCUCCUCUUCGCCGCGCUCAGCUGGCGCCGCAGGUACUGGACCACCAGGAGGAUGAGGCAAAGGGCGGCGCACCACUACCCAUGGUCGUCGUCGUCGUCGUCGCACGAUGCGUCCUCGUCGUCGGCGGCGGCGCCGUGGGGCGUGGCGGUUGCGGUGGCCAUACUGCUGCUCAUGAUGACGUUCCAGGAGUCCGUCCACUCCAUGUGGUUCAGGCCGCUCUGGGACUCCUACUACUACGACCCCUAA